UGAUAUCUCGAAUACGGUGAGAAGAAUUCACCUUGCUAGAUAGAAAACGUGCAUACUGAUUACUGUAAUUGCAAGCGAAAUUGGAUUUAUGGUGAAGUACUGGAAAGAAGCUUUUAUGUUUGGGUAAAUAUAACUGGCAUUAUUGGAGGAAUUGGUGUGUGGUGUUCCUUUUUUGGUGCCACAAACAUGCAUCACAUUUACAUAAAGAGGUGCUCUACAUCUAAUAUUAUUCAUCCAUCCAUUCAUUCGUUCAUCCAUUCAUUAAACCUUUGAUUUUCUUCUUCCUGUUAUAGUUAAAUAUUGUUUAUAUUCAAGUUGCGCCAUUCAAGAAUGACUGUUAAAAGCAUCAAAUAUGUAUCACAUCCUGUUCCUAUCCCUUAAAAGGAUGUCUUUAUGCAAACUAUCCACUCUGGGUUUUUAAAAGAAAUCUUUUCCAAGAAACUAUCACAUGCAGUUAAAGUGGCUGUUACAUAAUCAAAAGAAUAACCCUUCUGUUCAUAGUAAUUUCAAGUUUUAAAUUCUGUUAUUCUUUGGUACAUUUUUUUUUCUUAAAUGCAGACUGGUUUUUGAUUGUGUAAGCUGUGUGAAACAUUCAAUUAUGCUUAAGGAAGCAGUGUCUUGGAGUCUUAAUUGGAGAGUAAAGCCGAGGUUUGUGCCUGAUGUCGCUUUACCAAGUUUGUGAUACAGGGUAAUUUCGUAGAUAGAAUAAUCAGUCUGCUCAUUUUUUGAUGCCCUUUUUCUCAUUAUGGACAACUCAGUGAUCACAAGCAAAGUUGUAGUCAUUUUUCAGCAAUGAAUGCAUGCGUCCUUUUAUCUGUAAACGGUUCAAGUCCGACCCUGAGUGCAUCUGUCUGGCUGGUGGAGAGAAAAGCUUAGCUUUGUAGAAAUAUGUAGAAAUCAGUUGGUCAAAUCCAUGUCCUUGAAACCUAGACACAGUUACAAUACCAGUUUAGUCGCCGUAAUGAUCGUUCUAUAUUGUGUAAUUUAAGAUGUAUUUUACCCAGCCAGUCUAUUUAAAAAUGACAAAACUUUUUUUUUUUUUUUUUUUUUAGAAUCAUUUGAAACAGCAACAGGUCCAUAAUCCCCCAUAUUGUUUCUCUAAGACCAGGGAUUUUUGAAUUACAUCUCCCCUUACAAUGCCACCCUACUGUUUGCCAAUGGAUUAUAUUGCGAUGUUGCAGGUAAUCUUUAAUUAAUGUGCCACCAAACAAACCACAACACCGUUUGUGGUCUUGUCAGCUUUCUCUUAAAAGAUUUUGUUCAUUAUCCUUAAAGACAACAAAAGGCAAAGGAUGAAUCACUUCAUCCUGGGAUAACGUGGCACUUGCGGAUAUAUAUAAAGACUCAAGGAAGCUAUCGUAGCCGGAGCAAUUUGUUGGAGAAUCAACAGAAAGCAGCAGAACAACCACGACCAAAACGAAGAGCAUCCGCAGAAUGAAGCUCGCCGUCUUCUCCGUGCUCAUCGCCAUCGCCUUCUUGUCUGGUGGCAACGUGAAAUCAGAGGCCCUUCCACUGGAUAACAUCGAAGACAUAGACCUUCUCCAAGACUCUACUGGAGAAAGACUGACUGAAAACAAAGUGGGUUCCGGGCCAGGCGUUUCUAAGAUCAUCAUGGUGGCAGACGUCGACCUACUGAGAAUGCUGAAGGCUCUGGAAAGGAACAUGCCUGAAAGGAUCCCGAGUCCUGAAGGCAGAGAUGGAAGCCCAGACCUCGGCCACAGCAUCUCCAUCAUCAGGAGGGAAACCAAGAGGUGCAUGGUGGGAAGGGUGUACCGACCAUGCUGGGAAGUCUAGUUCCUGUGGAGGAGUCCAGUGAAGACAGCGAGAAAAUCCAGCUCGCACCUUCUGAUUCUGUGCAGUACAUGCUAUUUAUCUGUAUCAUAAGAUCUGCAAUUAAAUUAGAGAAAUACUA